GUAUAUGAAUAUAUGCAAUCAUUGCAACAUUCUACUUUUCCACCGUCCAACAGGGCAGUGGGAUUUUGUGGAUUUACAUGGCAGAGGAUAACCAAGCAAUUCAGGCGUGCAGUAGCAUGUGUUGAGGCACGAGACGGACACUUGGAACAUUUUCUUUAAUCAUCCAUAACUCGAAAGCUAAGACAAAUAUCUCAAAAGAUAUGGAAGAUGGAGAUAAAUGUUUCUAAUGAAAGUUGCAGUGUAUCAAGGAAGACAGACAAAAAAUGAUUCAUGCCAAUAACUGCAGUAGUUUCGGAGAAAAUAGCUUGUCGGACUUUAUGUACCUCAUUCUCUAUGUAUAUUAUAUUAAAAGUAUUUGUAUAUGCUAUUAUGUUAUGCUAUGUUAUGUAUAUAUACUAAUUUUAAAUAUUUAUUUAUACAGCUCAUUUCUUCGUUUCAAAACAAGUUUUACAUUUAAGCCAUUUUUCUAAACUUGAUAGUUUCCAUAUUGAUCUAUAGAAUAUAUUUCCAACCUGUAACUUUAGAAGCUGUUUUUAAUCCUUCAAUAUAGAUGACUUCCAAUGAAAAAAGCACAUAGUCAAAUAGUUUUUUUUAAGAAUAAACUUCUGUGUCCUUCACAACCUGAUGAAGACGACUAUGGAUAUGUUUCACAGGAAGCAUCUGCAUUUUAUAAUCAGUUAAUGAAUAAAUACAACAGUACGACUUCGCAAAAACCAACUUUCGAUGACUGCCGAAAAAGGACAAUAAAAGAUAUAGCAUCUACAAAGGAUAGAGUAAAACUAGCUUUAAAACAGCAAGAAGUGGAAGAAGCUUUAGGACACCGUCGGAAAAGAAAACAUUCCGUAAAAGAGGUAGGAUUAGAGGUAGAAGAAAAAACUGAAAAAGAGACUAAAGAUGAUAAAAAGGAAAAAGAUGAGAAGUUAAAAGCCAAGAGGAAACCUAUGCCACCACCUAUUGAUUUUUCUGAAUUAUUAAAAAUUGCUGAAAAGAAACAACAUGAACCAAUUAUUAUCGAAGCUAAACCAAAAAGUGAUGAACCAGAAAGGUUAUUGACGAAAAAGCAAAUGAAAGAAUAUGCAAAAGAAAAAGAAUGGCGAGAACGAAAAGAACAACGAAAUAAACUUAGCAAUAUGAAUAAUAAAGAGGGAAAUGUUACAUCUAAUAAACUAAAUAAAACACAAGAUUGUCGUAAUAAUGCCAGUUCUUCUAACAAAAUAUUAAAAGUAUCCGAAAAAUUAACCACAGUAUCUUCAAUUUCGAAUAAAACUCUUUCCAAAGCAACAGGAUUACAAUCAUCAACUUCUAAAAAAGGAGGUAUUGAGAAACCUAAUCUCAAUAAAGUUACUCCAAACAAGCCCAAUAUUUCAAAAACAUCUGAGAGAGAUAUACUUUCUGAGGAAAGAAAAAAGUUGGAAACAGAGAGAAAAGAAUUAGAAGAAAUGCGACAAGUAAUUGAAGAAGAAAAAAAGAAAUUAAGAUUAAGCAAAACUCAAAUUGAAGAUACAAAAAAUUCGAAAAUUGAGAAGUCAGUAUCAAAAAUGAAAGUAGAGAAACGAGAGUUAUCAAAAAAUAUACAUAAAGAAUCUCCAGCAAUUGGCAUAACAAAGUGUCGUAUACCACAAACAAUGAACGAUAAAAUAAAACAAUUUCCACCAGCAGACAUGAAGUCAAUCAAAUCUAAACAAAUGCUUCAUUUAAAGGAACAGAGGAAGUCACUGGUUAACCAUAAACGUCGUAUAAGAGAUGAGGAUGAUGAAGAGGAAUAUGACUCUGAGCUUGAAGAUUUUAUUGAUGAUGAAGUAGAAGAAGGAAAUGAAGAUUAUAGUAAAUAUAUAAGCGAAAUAUUCGGUUAUGAUAAAAAUAAAUAUAAAUAUGUAGACAAUGACGAUGAUGCAGCUAUGGAAAGCAGUUUUGCACAACAGCUCAAAGAGGAAUAUGUAUCUACUAAAAUAGGUAUUAUGGAAGAUUUAGAAGACAUGCGUAUGGAAGCUUUGGAAAAAAAAAGGAAAGCUCUCUUUAAAAAAAAAUUUAAGAAGUAAUUAUAAAUUUGUUUACAAAUUUCUAUAAAAUUCUAUUUAAUAAACUAUUACAUGCUUAUAUGAA